AUGUCUUCUCCCCAGAUGUUCUACAGAAUCAAACAGUUGCGGUCGACAAUAGGAUUGGGCCCUAACAUCCGGAAGAAUAUCGAAGCUUUGGGUUUGCGCAAGCGCGACCAGGUCGUUUACCAGGCUGUUUCUGUAGCUACAGCUCACAAGCUUCGACUUGUCAAAGAGCUCGUUUCUAUCGAGUUGCUUCCCGAAAAUGAAAUCGAGGAGAGAAGCAAAGCUGACAGACCAAAGUGGCCAAAGGGGUUCGAGAAGAUCGGACAAUAUUAG